AUGUCAGUCCAUAAAUCCUAUGAGUUAGUGAUUUUACUUAAUUAUAGGCGGGUAAAUUUAUUCAACAUUCAGCUAAUUCACAAAUUAUCCACCAAUCAGAAUUUAUCUAAAUCACUAUAUUUACCCGAAAUAUUUCGAUGUAAACGCUUAACUACUUUCAAAAUUGUUAAUUACUUCUAUCGUUUCACGAACCGUUUGUGGAGAUUAUUUGGUUGCAAUAACAAUAUGUUUGUCGUAAGAAUAGAAGGUUUUAUGGUGUUUUGUGUGUGUUUGGCAACUUUACUGUCUUCUACAGACUGUACACGAAUAUUAGAGUGCAAUAUAGGUGCUUGCGAACAAUGUAGUUUGACACGACAAUUCAGCGGAGACGAAUGUUGUUCAAACGCAGAACUUCAAAGUGUUUGUGAAAGGUGUGAAGGAAUUUCUGAUACACUAGGACAACUGUCAGAUUGUCUUUCCUCCUUCGCUGGAUUGAGACCGAAACGACGAGGAAUGAUUGGCAAACGUAGAGGAUUUUUGGGUUGAUAAUGAUGUGCAAUACAAUUCGGAGUUAAUUACACGCUAAAAUAAAAUAGAAAAACACAUAAUCAAACAAACACAAUCGUCAUUUAAUAGAGAAAAAAGAACUUUGAAAAAUGACUAUUUGAAAUGUAAAAUACGCAAUAACUUUUGAUUUUGAUUAUAUCUAUACUACUGAUGAUAAUUAUGAUAAUGAAAGUGUUGGUCUAUGGU